UGAGAUUUAUAUGGACGAGAAGCCUCAAAUUCAAACUAAGAAUUAUAAUUCAAUUAGUUGUUCUGCAAACCCUAAAUUCGAUAACUACCAAGACCACUGAGAGCAGUCAAAUGCUGAUCAGAUUUAUCAAAGAAUGGCGAAUUACCCAUCUGUGAAGAUAAAUCCUCGUAAAAUGAAAAAGAUAGUCCCUCCCUUUGGAGAAUCUCCUCAAAAUCAUGCAAAGGAAGUCAGUAUAAAUAAUCGCAAUGGGAAGCUUUCAACUCCAAGAAUAGAAACAAUAGAGACUCUCAUGACUUGAGGGGAUGAAGAAAUUGAGCCGAUUGACCUCCCUGUGUUUGUCCCCCAGAAUAAAAAUCUAAGUCUUCCUCACGAAGAAUAUAUUGCGAUGAUGAAUACAGCUUCCCAUGCCGAGUCUAACUUCUCCAAUUUCAUGCAACGCGAGCACGUUGAAAGUAUCAUCGAAUUUGACGCUAAAUUUUGUACUGACCUUCAUACUCUGGAAGAUGAAGAAAGAGAUGACCUUGAAAUGCCAUUUAAAGAUAGCUUUAUUCAUGACUUUCCUUUAAGAAGGAAAGAAAAUUUAGAUCAAAGGAAGCACAAGAUUAAUUUUUAACCUAAACCUUCCUACUGUAGAUCAUAGAGGUCAGCUCUUAUCAAGUUUACAGAAGUCCCUUUCUAAAAUUAAUAAGCGAGGUGAGAAACUUCGAAAAGCCAAUAUCAUUCGCAACAUGAUCUGUAAUUCUAGCAACGCCAGAUCUAAUAGCUCCAGAACGAUACCUCUAUUUAAGAAAAAGCACAGUGCUUGAUAUUUCAACAAAACUCUAAACCCUGAUUUACAAAAAUAAACUACUCUUCCCGCCCUCUACGGCUGGAAAUCUACACUAUCAGUGCAAAUUUUCCUUGAAAACCCCUUCCCAGGUCAUUUU